CAGCCCAGUGAGCAGCUGGUGUUCCCUGGGCAGUGUGCACCCCAGUGCUGGGCUCCUGCCAGCUGGAGGCCCUGGGCAGUGCCCGCAGCCAGCGGCAUGAUGGGCUGGAUUGACCGGGUGGUGCCCCAGCCCCCGGUGCCCCACGUGGCAGAGGAGACCCCUGUGCAGCCAGCCAAGGCACCAACAGGAAAGGCCAGUGGCCCCGAGCUUGUCUUAUUUUCCUCUGCUGCUGUUGAAGAAACAGAAAAGAAAGUGACCUUUGUGGUUUCUGAGGACUCGAGUUCUGUGUUUGACAGUGUGGGGAGCAGUGUGCUCUCCUGGCUCUCCCAUGGGCUGGAGAAGGUGAUUCCCCAGCCAGCCCCAACCCCAGGGCUGCAGGCACUCGGGAAGAGCUUUGAGACAAGCAUCGACAUUGCUGAUGAGACAGAGGUCCAGGUCCUUGGCGAUGAGGAAGACGAUGGUCUGGAGAUAACUCCCUUCGAUGCCGAGGAGGACGUCUCCGAGGGCGAGCCGGAGAGCGCCCCGGAGCAGUGGGCAGGAAAACGGGUGUUCAGCUGGCUCUCACAGGGCUUCGAGAGGAUUCUGCCGCAGCCGGAGGGGAUGAAAAAGCCGGAGCCAGAGCCGAAGGAGAGGAGCGAAGGCGCGGUGGAAGGCACAGAAGGGACUAAAACCCAGGAGAAGUCAAAACCCGGCGCUCCGAGCGCCCCGGCGGCAGGGAAGGCAGCGGCUGCCCAGGGCCGGCCGGAGCCGGGGGCGGCCCCGAGCCCGCAGUCCGGGGCUGUGGAUGGCACCAGGAUGUUCAGCUGGUUUGUCCAGGGGCUGGAGAAGGUGAUGCCACAGCCGGUGACCAGGGAGAAGCAGGAUACACAGGGAGUGGCCACAGCAACCUCGAGUCCUGUGGAACAAACUCAUGCAGCCCCUGGGGAGCAGGAGGAAACCCAUCUCAUCCUGAAGGAGAUGGAUGAUGGCCAGAUGAAUGAAGAGAUGGCAGCCUGGGCUCACGAGGCUGAGCUGCAGGCAGAUGCUCAUUCCCUUCCCACCAUACAGGAGGAGCCUCAGGAAGAAGAAGCCAGAGUCUGUUUGUGCUCCCCAAACACUGCCAAGGGGGAUGAGGAAAAGGAGGAGGAGGAGGAGGAAGAGAGGAAGAAAGAGGAAGGCUCGCUGCUGACGCGGCACCUGGUGACAGCAGCGUCUCCCGGUGACACGGGCUCCGUCUCCAUCGCGGCCGCCCGUAGCAACCGCAGCCCCUCCUGCGCCUUCGGGAGGCGGGAGCGGGCAGCUCCGGGAGAUGGGCCGUGCUAUUUAAACCACGUCCAAAAAUUCAGGGCACUCGGGAUUAUUUUGAGUGUUACCGAGCUGAAUCCUCCUUGUGUCCCUGCUGAUGAGGGUGUGGAUGAAGCCUGCCUUGCCCAGGAGGCCCUCAGGGCUGAGCAGCUGGAGGAAGUUGAGAUAAGUAAUCUCCAAGGUGCCCUUGUGCAGGUGGAAGAGGAGACAGCUGAAGCUGCUGAAACCGAUGCUGAAGGUCACCCCCCCACCGUGGAGAUCAAGGAUGUGGACAGCCCAGGCCGUGCUGUGGAGAUCCACGGCACCUAUGGAGAGCUGCCUGCUGCUGGUGCUCCCAACCUGCUGGCCGUGCCCGGUGCUGCAUCCCCCAGGAGGAAGAGACUUCUCCCAGAGGAUGCUCUGGACAAAGGGCUGGUGAGCCAAUCCCCCAGCCAAGGGCUGGGCUGGGACCAGGAGCAGAGGGAAAGCCUCCCCGAGCGCAUCGGCUCAGCCUCGAGCCUGAGCAGUGCCAUCAUCAACACCCGGCUCCAGGAGCUGGUGAGGCUCUUCAAAGAGAGGACUGAGAAGGUGAAGGAGAAGCUGAUUGACUCUGAUGUCACCUCAGAUGAUGAGAGCCCCGUGGCAUCUCCCACCAAGCCAGCACCUGCAGCAGCAGCAGUGCCUGCCCCAGGAGGGGAGCUGGAGGGGGACAAACCUUUGGGGGAUGACCACUACUGUGAGAUGCUGUGCUGCACGUUCAAGCGCCGGCCCUGGCUGGAGCACCUGAAAAGCUUCCAGCUCCCCAGCAGCAUUGACCCCCUGACCAAUCUGAUGUACGUGCUGUGGCUGUUCUUCGUGGUCAUGGCCUGGAACUGGAACUGCUGGCUGAUCCCUGUCCGCUGGGCCUUCCCCUACCAGACUCCAGCCAACAUCCACUACUGGCUGCUGGUGGAUUACCUCUGUGACCUCAUUUAUCUGCUGGACAUCCUCAUCUUCCAGACCCGGCUGCAGUUUGUGCAGGGGGGAGACAUCAUUACUGACAAAAAGGCCAUGAAAGAGAACUACCUGCGAUCACAGCGCUUCAAGAUGGAUGUGCUGUGCCUGCUGCCCCUGGAUUUCUUCUACUUCAAAGUGGGUGUCAACCCCCUGCUGCGCUUCCCUCGCUGUCUGAAGUACAUGGCCUUCUUCGAGUUCAACAACCGCCUGGAGGCCAUCCUGACCAAGGCAUACAUCUACAGAGUGAUUCGGACCACUGCCUACCUGCUGUACAGCCUGCAUGUGAACUCCUGCCUCUACUACUGGGCCUCAGCCUACGAAGGGCUGGGCUCCACCACCUGGGUCUAUGAUGGGGAAGGAAACAGCUACAUCCGCUGUUACUACUGGGCAGUGAAAACCCUGAUCACCAUCGGGGGCCUGCCAGACCCCAAGACACUGUUUGAGAUCGUCUUCCAGCUGCUGAACUACUUCACAGGGGUCUUUGCCUUCUCUGUCAUGAUAGGGCAGAUGAGAGAUGUGGUUGGUGCAGCCACUGCAGGACAAACGUACUAUCGGAGCUGCAUGGACAGCACCAUUAAAUACAUGAACUUCUACAGGAUCCCCAGAGCAGUUCAGAACAGGGUGAAGACGUGGUAUGAGUACACAUGGCACUCCCAAGGCAUGCUAGAUGAGUCAGAGCUGCUGGUGCAGCUGCCAGACAAGAUGAGGCUGGACAUCGCCAUCGACGUGAACUACAACAUCGUGAGCAAAGUGGCCCUGUUCCAGGGCUGUGACAGACAGAUGAUCUUUGACAUGCUGAAGCGGCUCAAAUCAGUGGUGUACCUGCCCAACGACUACGUGUGCAAGAAGGGAGAGAUAGGCCGUGAGAUGUACAUCAUCCAGGCGGGACAAGUGCAGGUGCUGGGCGGACCCGACGGCAAAUCCGUGCUGGUGACUCUGAAAGCUGGAUCUGUCUUUGGGGAAAUCAGCCUGCUGGCAGCAGGAGGGGGAAAUCGCCGCACAGCAAACGUCGUGGCCCACGGCUUCGCCAACCUUUUUAUUUUGGAGAAGAAAGACCUGAACGAGAUUUUGGUGCAUUACCCGGAGUCUCAGAAGCUGCUGCGUAAGAAAGCCAAGAAAAUGCUGAGAAGCAACAACAAACCCAGAGAUGAGAAGGGAGGCCCCGGAGAUGCCCUGGUCAUCCCCCCGAGAGCUGACACCCCGAAGCUGUUCAGGGCCGCCCUGGCUGCCACGGGGAGGAUGGGGGGCCAAGGGCCCCUGGGGCGGCUCCGCUGGAGGCUGAGGGAGCUGCAGGCGAUGCAGGCGAUGCAGGAGGCGCAGGGUUCCAGUGUCAGCCCAACCCCACCAAAAUCCCCAGUGCACCAGAGAUCUCCUGUCACAUCCCGCAGAGCACAAACCCGCCUGGGAGAAGAAAUAUCCUCAGAAUCUCCUGAUCAUUCAGUCACCAUUCGUGUCAUUUCCACAGCAAAAGAAGAUGAGGAAAUCCUUGCUGCUGAGAUUUCAGAGAAAGAUGAAAAAAAAGAAGAGCAAUGAAAGAGCAGCAGGUCGCAGGGCAGACGUAGGAGUCAGGCAAAUGCCUGGGCCAGCAGAUUUUUGUUGUUAAUGAUUUCCAUGCAGUGGCUGUAGGUUUUUUUGUGUGCUGUGGGUAGGAUCUGCCUCUCUCUUCUGCCCAGACCCUCAAUCACUGCUGAUAAAACCCUCUGCCAUUUGACCCAGAACCAUACAAGGUUUCUCUGCUCUGCAGAUCUAUUGAGCACCUUUAUGAAUUUCCCACUUAAUCUCAGGUCAGCCCUCUUGCUUUGAAAUCUGGCCUUGUGGAGGGAGAGCUAUGGAAAAAUUGCUUUUUAUGGCUCUGGAUGGUUAAUGAGUGUUCAGACAAAGCAUGAAGAGUUAUUCACCUCUGACAGCUGAGUCACCACUUGGCUAGAAACAACCAAGGGGAAAACAACAAGGUUUCUCUGUUGGGCUCAAGGUUGACAGCAGCAGUAGGGAGUGAUUCAUCUGAAAAGGAUGUGGGCUAUGCUCACAGGCCAAGCUUGAUUUGCUCACAAAUCAAGCUGUCAUGAGAAUGCCAAGCUCUGUCCCCAAGUGCACAGACUGCAAGAUGCUUGAGGGUCCCCUCGUGGUGCCAAGACCACCUUGGCUUUGCCACUGGGAAGAAUUCUUGCCAGCUGCCCACCCUGUGAGGGUGGUGGACUCUCCAUUACUGGGGGCUCUCAUGGGGAGAUUUGAUGAGCAUCUUUCAAGGAUAGAGAAGCACAGUCCUGGAUGAGAUAGAUGUUCCUGGAGUUCUCUUCCAGCCUCGGGAUCUUUCUGUGCUGCCACUGCUGGGAGGGAUAAGCAGAGAGCAGGAAGGGAGAAGCUGAGUUGGUUCCAGCUGGGAGGGGAAAGAGAAGUGCAGUAAGUGCUCUCCUCUCCCAGACAGUGUUCCAGAGCCAGCUCAGAGCCUGUCAUGUGCCAGCAAGUGUGCAUGAGCAUGCAGGUGCUCCCCUGCACUCCUUGCUGGAACUCAGUGGCAUCCUCACUUCCAGCAGGCAAUUCCCAGCCCUCCAGCCACUUCAGGCUGGCUCUUGGCCACAUUUCCCAGGAGAGAGAAGCCACUCUGGUGCUGCUCAUCACUGAAGUCAUGAAGUCACUCUCCCAGCUGUGCUGGGACCGGGUGCUGGAGGGGAAGGCAAACAUCUGCUCAGCACCAGCUGAUUGCUCAAGGUGUCCCAACUUCUUCCAGCUCCUUCCUCAUCCUCCUCCAAGCCAGCACCCAGCAGAGUGAGCUGCAGGUGAGCUGAGAGCUGAGAAGCAGUGCAUGAGGUGGUGCUGGGUGAGGUUUGCACAUCCUCCCCAGGUUUUGGCUGCCCAUGUUCCCACAGCACCACUGGCUGCAUCGAGAGGAGCCACUUUCCAUCCUCUGGAGGAGAAGCUGGGGCAGGUUUUGCUGCAGGGAGCAGCCCUGUCACCGUGGCCAAGGGACUUCCCAGGUGUUCAGCAAAUGCAGUGAGCAGUGCUGCAGGUUCCACAGGUCUGGCUGUGACACAGAGAAGGGUGGCAGUGCUGGUGUCACCCCCUGGGUGAUCUCUUUUCCCAUCAGCAGCCCAGGGCUGACCUCCACCUCCUUUGGGAUCUUCUUUUGUUGCUUUUUCCCCCUUUCUUGCAAAAUGUGUGGGUUUCUGUGGCAAAAAACAAAGCCAGGAAAGGUGUUAGCAUUAGUUAAUAAUGUCUUGCUUUCUUUUUAAACAAAUUUAAUGAG